AUGGUCGCGAAAGGCGGAGUUUUCUUGCCCGUGUACCAACGCGGAGCAAUGUGGAUCAGCUUCACUGCCAACCCGCCCUUUGCCGUCAAGGUGUACGUCGGCUGCGUCAACGCCAUCUCUGGAGAAACUGCUGCCGAAGACGCGUCUACCAAAGCACGUCGCCAGCUCCUAAGAUCUCAGGGAAAACUCAUUCAAGAUUAUGUGAUCGUCCCGGGUCAGUGCUGGCUGGACGGCAUCGCGUCUGGCAAUGGAGUAGUCAAGCAAUUCGUGGCCACGCGACUAGGUGAGGGAUAUACGGUCGAAGCACAAGUCACUGGUCACGAAGUACACGGGGGCCUGCAAAUUGAGAUCACUCCAGCGGUGGUGGGAUCCUCUGGUAGCACUCGAGUGUCGGUUGUUCUUCUCACUGGCAAAAAGUACGACGUCUGCGUUCCUUUGGACUCAACAUUCGGCCACCUUAAAGAAAAUGAUGUACAAUCAUGGGCAUGCCGACUGCGACUCAGAGACUUCUCUAUCGAAAUGAACAGAUCAGUUGUCCUCUCUGAGAGAUUGACGGGAGGAGGAGGAGGGCCCCCAGCAGCAGCGAAGCCAAAACCCAAACCCAAAGAAAUGGGCAUCGCUGCGGGUGGAAACAUCGAGCAACGGAUCCACAAGACCGCCACCGUUGCCUUCAAUGUCCAGAUCCUGAACGCCAACGCCUUUGAGAGUGUCACGGGUCUCCCACGCCCAGAAACGCCAAUCACCAUGGAAACCUACGCCGAGCUGGGCCUCCCGUUCUUCAAGCUGUACGAGGAGGAUCUGGGGGAUGUUGUUGUCCACGGGCCACUCGACAAGGUCAAGUCGAUCGGGGAGAUGGACGGCGUCGAGGACCCCAGCUUCGCCGUCCCGAUCAAGCCGCUCAACGACAACCCAGCGCGUGCGCGUGGCGAAUCCAAGUCCAAGUCUCAGCAAGCCGACGCUGACGGGGUCAAGGCCGACGACGACAUCUCCAAUCCAGCAGGUCCGUUGAGCGACUUUCGUCCCCGCGCCAAACUAUUGCAAGAGUGCCGGGCGAGCCAGGGUUAUUAUGCACAUUAA